AUGUCAUGAGUUCCCUGGAACCCGGCUGGCACGGCCCCUCAUUGCGCCGAAUGGCCCUUCAUCCCACAGUGUCUUCAGGUUGUUUAAACUGCAGCAAGGUAGCCGAGCUGACAGAACGGCUGAAGGUGCUGGAGGACAAGGUGUCAGUACUGGCCAUAACAGAGCCAUCGGCAUCCCUGCCCCUUGGUGCUCCACGGGAGGCCAAAGGGAGUGGGGACCCAGCCCUGCUGUGGGGGUUGCCAGCUGCCCAGGGGAGCCCUGGAGAUGAAGGAGCCAGAGGGCCUCCUGGAGCUGGAGAGCGACGGAGGGGAACCGUGCUUGCCCGGGACGGCCGAGGAGGUGUUCCCGGGCCACCAGGGCCUUCUGGCCCCAAAGGAGACACAGGGAGCCAGGGUCCAACCGGAGUGCCUGGGCUGAAGGGCCCAGCUGGGCCACCAGGACCCCAAGGGCCACCUGGCAGCCCAGGUCGGGAUGGGGCUAAAGGAGACAGGGGCCCCCCAGGACCUCCUGGGCCCCCAGCCCCAACUGGACCCUCCACAGCCCAGAUCUCUGAACAGGGAGAUCCACUGCUCUCCAACACCUUCACUGAAACUGGGGGCCUUGGAAUCCAGGGGCCUGUGGGCCCACCAGGCCCCAUGGGACCCAUGGGUCCCCCAGGUCCACCAGGCCCCGCGGGUAUUCCAGGCACACCUGGCCACAAGGGUUCACCAGGCCCAUCUGGAGCUGAUGGAACCAAUGGCCUCCCAGGGGAGAAGGGUGAGCGAGGCUACCAGGGGCAGCCAGGCCCCAGAGGCCUAGCAGGAGAACGGGGUGAACCAGGCCCCAAAGGUGACCCUGGAGAGAAGGGCCAUUGGGCCAUUAGCUUACAAACCUUCCUACAGCAGCAGCAGGCUCAGCUGGAGCUCCUGGCCAGACGGGUCACCCUGCUGGAAGCCAUCAUCUGGCCAGAACCGGACCUUGGCUCUGGAGCAGGGCCCCCCAACGCUGGAACCUCUGGCUUCCCUCGGGGCAAACGGGCAGGAGGACCAGCUACUUACAGGAUCGUUUCCCGUCUACUGGCCCAGGGGAGUGAGGACCAAAAGGACUGAGCCUGGUCUGCUUGGGCACAAGCGGGGCUCAGGAUGGAACCCCUUCCCACCUUGAACUCCUUCCAGGCUCUCAUCCCACAGCCUGGUCCCCAGG